UAUGAAAAUAGAAAUCAGCAGAGCAGAGAGGGAUGCCCUCACGUUGUGCUAUAAAUGGCUGCCAGUCAUCAAUUUAGUAGUUAAAUAAGGUGGUUUUCAGCUCAUCUACUUAGCUACCAUUUCUCUUUCAGAUCCAUUUUAAUUAUUUAAUCCCAUCUCUCAACUGUCUCUGCCGACCUUUCUCAAAUCUCAUCCUCUGUUUUCACUUCAUAUUUAUUGGCUUCUUUUACUUAAUCCUCCCACCCAAAACCAACAUCUCAAAAAUUAAAAUGGAGCUCUGUUUUUUCGACAAUCUUAAAUCUCAACCCGUAUGGUUUCUCGUACUGUUUUCUUUAGGUUCAUUACAACUUUUGAAACUCUUCUUCACUUUACUCAACUGGGUCUACGUUAAUUUCCUCAGACCCGCCAAGAAUCUGAAGAAAUACGGAUCUUGGGCUCUUAUAACCGGUCCAACCGACGGUAUUGGCAAAGCUUUCGCUUUCCAAUUGGCUAAAAAGGGUUUGAAUUUGGUUCUAGUCGGUCGGAAUCCGGACAAGCUUAAAGAUGUGUCUGAUUCGAUUAUGUCUAAACAUGGGAAUGUCCAGAUUAAAUCAGUUGUGGUUGAUUUUAGUGGGGAGAUUGAUGAGGGUGUUGAGAGGAUUAAGGAGACAAUUGGGGAGUUAGAUGUUGGUGUUUUGAUUAAUAAUGUCGGGGUUUCGUAUCCUUAUGCGAGAUUCUUUCAUGAAGUUGAUGAGGGUUUGUUGAGGAAUUUGAUUAAGGUUAAUGUUGAGGGAACUACUAAGGUUACUCGAGCUGUUUUGCCGGGUAUGUUGAAGAGGAAGAAGGGAGCGGUUGUUAAUAUUGGGUCUGGUGCUGCUAUUGUUAUUCCUUCCGAUCCUCUUUAUGCUGUUUAUGCUGCUACAAAAGCGUAUAUUGAUCAGUUCUCUAGAUGCCUUUAUGUUGAAUACAAGAACAGUGGGAUUGACGUGCAAUGUCAGGUUCCGCUCUAUGUCGCCACAAAGAUGGCAUCAAUAAAGAGAUCUUCGUUCUUCGUUCCAUCUACAGAUGGGUAUGCGCGGGCAGGUUUACGCUGGAUAGGCUAUGAACCACGCUGCACACCUUACUGGCCCCAUUCCCUUCUAUGGGGCUUGGUAUCCUUAUUGCCGGAAUCUGCUUUCGAUGCUUGGCGAUUUAAGUUUUGCCUCGGGAUCCGAAAGAGAGGACAACAGAAAGAUUCUAGGAAAAAGGAGUAAACUAUUAGGAUUCCGAAACUGUUGCUUUAAUUUAAUCUUUUUCAUCAUCUUUCUUGCAAGAUUUUUAGCAUUUUAGCAUCUUAUUUUUCAUCUUUUGUAGCCCUUUUGCAUGUUGGCGAAAAGUUGCAGAUUAUGUGAAAUUUGUGAUAAAAUUGUUUAAAUCUUGAGACUACAUGCAUAAGAUAGGCCUAAUUUCAGUAA